ACAAUUCACACACAAUGUAAGAAAUAACAAAUAACUGGUAAAAAAAAAACAAAAAAAAACCAAAACCUAAUAAAUAAGAAUAGCCACAGAAGAAAGGAGAGACACUCGGUAUCAUUUAUCAGGAUAAGAAAUUAUUUAUCUGGUGAUAUAUUAAACAUGCAAAGUAAAAUAAAUGGAUUACGCUUUUCAUAUUUUCUGUAUUUCUGCUCAGUUAUGAUAUAUUUUCCUCCAGCAGGUGGCGAUGAUGAGCAAAGACGUCUCUUUCGAGUCUCCGUUAAACCAGGAAGCAGAUCGUAUGGGGUCUGUUAGCAGAGUUAGCUAUGUUUAAGGGUGUAAGGAUGAAUAUUGUGCCUCUGCAGUAACAAUGUCUUUAUCCCAGUCUUUGAGAGACUUUAUCAGGGAGCGACUGGCCGCUGCUGCUGAAGAAAUUUUGAUACAGUUUGAUAAAACCAUCGUCCAGUAUGAGGAAGAGCUGGAUCGUCAGCGGAGACUGCUGGAAAUCUGCUGGAAACCCCAAAUGAACCUGCAUAGAAUAGGCUUCCCACAGGAAGAGGAGGUUCUCACUUACCACCAGGAGAGGAGUCCCGGUUUGCAACAAAAUAAUCCAGAACCGUCAGCGAAGUAAAGAGAGACUAGAAAGACUAGAAAAGGAGCAAAUGCUAGAGAAGCAGAGAAAUGUUGAAGUAUCACAGAUAAAAGAUGAACCAGAAGAGCUAGAACCUCUGCAGAUGCAAAAGAGCCAUGGGGAACAAGAAUGUUUUUAUACAAAAGGACAGCAAGAAACACAACCACCAAGAAUCAAGGAUGAACAGGAGGAAGUCUACAUCAGCCUGACUAACGAGCAGCUAGAACAAAAACAAGACAUUGAUGCCAUCAUAGUGAAUCCGACUUAUGAAGAAGGAGACUGCUGGGAACCAGAUCCAAACUCCGACCAACUUUUUGCCCACAACCAAAUCCAGGAAAUGAGUGAAAAGAAAAAUGAAGACUCAGGAUCCAGUAGAGAUGAAGAACUGAAGCUAAUUAAGAGGCGUCAGAAAAUCAGAGGUCACAGUGACAAUGUAGGGUAUCAAAAAGUAAAAACUCAGAAGAAAACACACAGUAAUGAUAAUCUGUCUCCCUGUAAAGUGUGUGGUAGGCUUUUUGCUCGGAAUUACUUGAAUCAGCACAUGCGAACUCACACAGGUGAGAAGCCUUUUUCAUGUUUGACUUGUGGAAAAAGUUUCAGUGAACGGGGAAACUUAACUAAGCACAUAAGAACCCAUACAGGUGAGAAAUCGUUCUCAUGUUUGGUUUGUGGUAAAAGUUUUGUUCAGCAAAUCCAUUUGACUCGUCACAUUAGAACGCACACAGGCGAGAAGCCCUUCUCAUGUUUGACCUGUGGCAAAAGUUUCUCUCAAAGUAGUAGUUUGUCUGGUCACAUGAGAACUCACACUGGGGAGAAGCCGUUCUCAUGUCUGACGUGUGGACAAAGUUUUAGCGAAAGAGGAAGUCUAUUUCACCACAGCAGGAUUCACACAGGUGAGAAGCCUUUCUCAUGUAGAACCUGUGGAAAACGUUUCUGUCAAAAAAGUAAUUUAACUGUUCAUAUGAAAAUUCACAGAGGUGAGCUGGUUUAGUUUUGUGAUAAUCCCAGUAUCAGAAAACUACUGUACUAUUUAAUAAAUUAGAAUAUUUAUUCAGAGGAGGCCUGUUGUCAGAUUAAAAGUAUUUUUGAAAAUAACCUUUAAGCAGGUAUUAAAUAUACUUUUCCAUAAGCCCAAAUUUUUUGGAUUACUUUCUUAUUGAUCUGAUGUAAUAUUCUAAUUUUAAAUGCCAUGCUUUUAUAAGCUGUAAGUGGAAAAUCAUAAUUAACAGAAAUAAAGUCUUUCAAACAUC